GAGGAGGGUGUGGGUGAAAAAAUAAAAGAAAGUUGAUACUCCUCUCUUCCUUCCCUUUAUCUUAUCCGCAGAGAGAGUGGUGUGUUGCGAAUUGCAAUGGCAGUUAACCGUCCUGUCCUUCGUGUUCACGAGAAUCUACCAUUAGCAUUAACUGUUGCUCCUCACCAAUUCCUCCCCUUCAAAUUCACCUCCGUUGGAAUUCGCUGCUCCCCUUUCAACGACAAAACCCUCAUUUCCAUCAAACCUAACACUUCCCACCUCAACCACGACACUCUCGCUUGUCGCUUUCACGCUGCACAGUUUGCUGAACAGGAGAGCAACAAGUACGUGGAAGCCUAUGCUGUGGGGAGAAAUAUUCGUAUGUCUGCUAAUAAAGCUCGAAGAGUGAUUGAUCAGAUUCGUGGAAGUAAAUAUGAUGAAACACUAAUGGUAUUAGAACUCAUGCCUUAUCGAGCCUGUGAAGCCAUUCUCAAAAUAGUGUUUUCGGCUGGAGCAAAUGCUAGCAAUAAUCUGGGUUUAAGCAAAGGAAGUUUAGUUAUCAGUAAAGCAGAGGUUAAUGAAGGGAAAACAAUGAAAAGGGUAAAACCUGUAGCUCGAGGGCGUGCCCAUCCAAUUAAAAAGCGCACUUGUCAUAUAACCAUCACGGUAAAAGGCUUACCUAGUGAGUCCGUCGAGGAAGCAAAGCCUGCUUAAUCCAAUUUUUGAGGCAAAAUGUAUGCCUUAUUAUGAAUUCCCUUCACCCAUAACAUGAAAAUUUCUGCAUUUCGACAUUAUAGAGGAGUAAUGAACAUGCUAAUUGUUUACGUCCAUGUAAGAACUGUUUAAAUGUUCAAUUUAAUUAGUCCUGAAUAUGAAAUGAUUUUGGAUUGAAAUUUGAAAGAAAAUUUGUAACAUCAGUAAUACUUACCAUAUAUAUAGCAAUUAGCACGUAA